AUGCGCUCUCUUCGGUGCCUUAUCAUCUUUGCUAUCGCCACGGCCGCCACCACUACUGCGGAUUUCACGGAUGUUCUCUGGAGUGGCCUCAACGUUGGCCUCAGCGCUGGCCUCGGUGCUGACGCCGAAACCGGCAUCGAACCCGACGUUGACACUGGCGUCGACACUAGCGUCGAGACUAACGUCGAAAGUAAUGUCGACAAUAACGCCAAUAAUGAACCUGAUCCCAGCGUCGAAUUUGCCAAGGACACUGCCAAUGCAGCUGUAGAUUACUUUACGGUGCGCAAGAUGGAUAUCACAAAGUCGGAUCUCUUGGCUUGCAGUGAGAUUCGAUCAGCGCGUGAGUCCGAGUGCUAUCACAGGGCAAAAUUGCUGGCAACUUUGCUGCCCGAUGUGAAGUAUUUUCGAGAAAUUACACAAUGGCUGAAUACGCGAUGUGUUCGUGAGCAUGCUAUUCGUUCGACCAGUUCCAUGUUCCCUGCCGAAGCCCGAGAUCAAGUUGACAAGAUCGUAUUAUCAGCUACUUACACAUUACAAAAUACGGAUGGAUACGACUUUACAGAGCAGAGAGCACAGCUACGAAGAAUUCAAAACGUAUAUGUUCGUGUGGACAAUAGCAGUUUUUUAAACCGCAAUACUUUGUUGGAGCUCCAGACUAUGAUCACAGAAUCAAAGAAUCUCUCUUCGCGCUUUGACAUGUACAUCCAAUGCAACUGA